AUGGAUAACGAAACGUAUGAUGCGUACGAGACAUUGCUGAAUAAAUCCACAGUAGGCUGCAACUUCAGUAACAGCAGCGAAUGUUCCUGGAAAAGUACCAAUGAAUUUAUGUCAUGCAACGGCACGAACUGCUCAACGAACCUAACUUUUGAUCUGCUUCAGAAUGAUACGUUUCCAGAUGUAGCAGCAGCGAAGAUUUAUUGGGCCUUAGUGAUGAUUCCCUUACCUCUAGUUGCAGUAGUAGGAAAUAUUCUGGUGAUCCUCAGCGUUUAUAAGGAACGCAGUUUGCAGUCUGCCACCAAUUAUUUCAUAGUGAGCUUGGCGUUUGCUGACUUACUUGUAGCAGCUGUGGCCAUGCCGUUUGCAGUUUAUGUCUUGGUAAACGUUGACUGGGAACUUAGCGAGACCUUAUGUGACUUUUACAUUGCCUUGGAUGUUACGUGCAGUACAGCUUCUAUAUUUAAUUUAGUUGCAAUAAGCAUUGACAGGUAUAUCGCAGUUACGCAACCCAUCAAAUAUUCCAAGCACAAGAACAACAAGCGCGUCUUCCUCACCAUUGUCAUCGUCUGGUUAGUGUCUGCGGCGAUUGGUUCACCAAUCGUUCUAGGUCUAAACACUUCACCAGAGCGCAUUCCGAACCUCUGCGUCUUCUACAACUCAGACUUCAUCAUUUGUUCUUCAUUAAGUUCAUUCUACAUACCAUGUAUAGUCAUGAUAUACCUGUAUUAUAAAAUCUUCAGAGCCAUUCAUGAGAGAGCAAAGAAAGCCCUUGGUCAAAAAGCAGCAGCCAGAACAAAAAAUCAAACCGAAAAGAAUCUUGUAAUAGAGAAUAAGUCGAAGAAAGACCAUACAGAAAAUUCAAAUUCGAAAGAGGAUACAAAUCAGGUCACUACUUACGGUAACAGAUUGACUCCAUUGGUAGAAACAGACGAAGCCAGUCAAAUGUACGAUGAAGACGACGAAGAGUCUCCUCCAAUGGACAAAGACGAGUGCCAAGUUAUAAGUAACAUUACGGUAUCCAGUUUUGAGAACGUGGGACCCAACGCAUUUAGAGAAACAGAGUUUAAUAAUCCCCACGUACAAACUGAGAAGACCUCGCUGCCUUUGUUCAAAGUGAAUGGUUCUGCCGUGGCAGAUAAAGCGAGUUUUAAUAAUUCCGUAGCCGGGUGUGCCAUAAGUCAAUGUAAUACAAAGAGAAAUCUUUUGAAAAUCGUAAAGCCUCAAAAAACCAAGAAAAAGAAAAGGGAAAAAAACGCUGCCAGGAGGGAAAGAAAAGCUACAAAAACUUUAGCUAUUGUUUUAGGUGUCUUCCUCAUAUGUUGGGUACCAUUUUUCACGUGCAAUGUCUUGGAUGCCAUCUGCAUUAAGCUACAGAAUAACGAAUGCCGCCCAGGAGUCACCACAUUCCUCUUGACCACGUGGUUGGGUUACAUCAACAGCUGUGUGAACCCAGUCAUUUACACCAUUUUUAACAUGGAGUUCCGUAAGGCGUUUAAGAAACUCUUGCUUGGAUCGUGCAAUUGA